AAAACUGCAGCCAAACAUUGUCUGAACUCUAUAAAUGCUUUUUUUUUUUUUCUUUUCCCUUUUCUGUGUGUAUGUGCUGCUGUGUGCUUAAUAGGAAAUGGCAAAGUCAGUGAGGCAAGUCCUCUGUGUGGCUUAUUAAUGCACAGUGCUCAGCUCAGAGUGAGAAUUCUUUUGCACUAUGAGUAGAUCUACUGCAAGGCUGUGAGGGCUGACAGUGUGCCUUCUCUCUGCUCUGGUUUUGAUUCAGCCCAGAUGAGCUCCUAUUUUGUCAAUCCUCUGUACUCCAAAUACAAAGCAGCAGAUGCAGUAAAUCCCAGUUACUAUGACUGUCAUUUUGCCCAAGAUGUUAACAGCAGGCACCCUCUGGUCUACAGCUCCAGCCCUGGUCUUCAGCACCCAAACCAGGAACUCUACCAAGCGGGGAACCCAGCAGGAGUGCAGAACUCAGCAGGAUACCAGCAGGCUCCUUUUGGGAUUACAUGUCACGGUGACCCCACUAAAUUUUAUGGAUACGAUAACUUACAGAGGCAGCAGAUUUUUACGACCCAUCAAGAGGCCCAGUUGGUCCAGUAUCCUAACUGUAAAUCGUCUGCUGGUCGUAUUGGAGACUCUCCAGAGCACUUAAAUCACAACUCCACUGCUUCACACAUGUUCCCCUGGAUGAGAGCACAAGCAGCUCCUGGUAGAAGGAGAGGCAGACAGACAUACAGCCGCUUCCAGACUCUGGAACUGGAGAAAGAAUUCCUCUUUAACCCUUACCUCACCAGGAAGAGGAGAAUUGAGGUGUCCCAUGCACUAGGACUGUCUGAGAGACAGGUCAAAAUCUGGUUUCAGAACAGGAGGAUGAAAUGGAAAAAGGAGAAUAACAAGGACAAGUUCCCCAUCGCCUCCCAGGAUGGGAAGGAGGAAGGUGAAACCAGGAAAGGAGAGAGUAACGUGGAGGAGGAAGACAGGGACAAUACUAACUGAUUGCAGCACUGCACAGCUCAGACUGGGCCAUCACAGAGCUCCAUCACAGAGCUCCAAUAACAGGGAGAACCUGUGUCUGAAAAUACAUAACCCAGCUCAACAACUGCUGGCUCACCGAUUGCCUUGGACUACGACUCACAUCAUGUCCAGCCAGUGCUAAGGACUACCAGUCCUGAACUAAUCUGCACAAAAUAGGACUUGCAUAGACAAGGACUAUGUGCAUAGACAAGGACAAUGUGUGCUACGUUUGUGUGUGUGCAUUUGUAUAUUUGAGUGUGUGCUUUAUGUAUGCAUGUAAUUUGUGUGUGUGAUGUGUGUGUGCUAUAAUUGUGUGUGUGUUUAUGUAUGUGCAUUAUUUGAGUGUGUGUCGUGUUUGUGGGUGUGUGUCUAUGCUGUAUGCGAAUAGGUCAGUGUAUAUGUCUGUUCACUGUUCACAAAGAGAACAAAAAGAAGAUUUUUGAAAAAAAGGCAAUUAUAUAUAUUUUUUGUUGUUGCUCAUACACUUGAAGUGUGAGUGAAAGUGUCUGCCUGUGGUUAUGAUGCAUAAGAUAAAGU